GGAGGAGAAUCUCCUCUUUUCACCUCCUCUGGACUCUGGUCAAGACCUCAGAGCUGAGAGGGCUCAGGCAGGAAAAGGGCGGAAAAGAAAAAGAUGAAGAAGCUGGUGGUGUUUUUGCUUUGCGCGGUCCUGCUGACCAUUUACACAGAUGCAAACCCCAUAAUCAAGGAGAGCGUAGCUAAGCAGCUGCUCCGUACCAAGAGGCAGGACCGGCCAAUGAAGGCUGGCUACCCCGAUGAGCCAAUGAGGGAGCAUCUGCUCCACAUGCAGGCUCUGGAUCUGAGGGCCCGGGAGACCAACUUGGAGCACUGGCUGAACCCUCACUGCUACCCACGCUGCGACAGAAACUAUGGACACCCGGUUUAAAAGUAAAAGGCCUGCUGUGACUGACUGACUGACCGUGGACUGAAGCUGGAGUCUCUUUUCUCAUUAUCUUUCAAUCUAAUGACCAAAAUAUGCAUGUGUUGUAUUAUUUCUAGAGUUAAUUCUUUGUAAUUUGCUCCUUUACUCCUUUAUUUCUGUAGCUGCACAGACUGAAAUUUGUUAAUGAAUAAAAUAAAAAAAUAAAAAAAAAAUCAUAAG